AUGGCUAAUCCUCAGUCCAGUGUGAAGUGUUGCUACAGCUCGGCCAGCAUCAUUGCCAGGCGGAGGCGCUUCAACCAGCAGACCCAGGAGCUGUACGAGCUGCCCAUCGUGGUGUGGGACGGCGGGGAGCCCUCCCUGAGCGGCACCAGCACCCUGACCCUGAGGGUGUGCCCGUGCCAACGCCACGGCAAGGUCCGGAUGUGCCAAGGCGAGGCGUUCCUCUCCUCCGCGGGGCUCAGCACCGGAGCACUGAUCGCCAUCCUGCUGUGCAUCGUCAUCCUGCUGGCCAUUGUGGUUCUCUUCAUCACACUGAGGCGGAGCAAGAAGGAGCCGCUUAUAAUCUCUGAAGAGGACAUCCGAGAGAACGUAGUCACGUAUGACGAUGAGGGCGGAGGCGAGGAGGACACCGAGGCCUUCGACAUCAUCGCCCUUCGUAACCCCGCUGCCGCCGAGGAAUUCAAGUUCCGACGGGACAUUCGGCCGGAGAAAAGAAAACACUGCGCGCUCAACCGCAGCCACCGGGCCGUAGCAGUGGAGCUGGAUGAGUCGGAUGUGCACGAGUUUAUCAGGCAGAGACUGGUGGAGGCCGACAUGGACACCAGCGUGCCGCCUUACGACUCUCUCCAGACCUACGCUUACGAGGGCCAGGGCUCCCCCACGGGCUCCGUCAGCCCUUUAGACACUCCCGGAACACAAUCAGAGCAGGAUUAUAACUACCUAGACAACUGGGGGCCCCAGUUCCAGAAACUGGCAGAACUCUACGCAGAGGCAGAGUCAGAGUCAGAGGUGACCGCCUAGUCUGGGAUAUCCCUCCUGUUUGAAAUACGUUUUUCAAAAAGCGAACUAUACGAACAAACAGAUGCUUUCAAACUGUUCCGGUGGUUUACAACUGUUGAACUAAAAAGACUGCUCUAUUUUUUUUUUUCAUUUUGUCAAUUUGAGCCGUUCAUCUGGAAGUAUCGAAAUAGAUUUUGAGAGUGAAGAACAACAAUAUGGGGGGAGAAGGAUAUUUUCCUUGGUGUAUAUUUUUUAUUGCUCAAUAAAGUCCUGAAAUCCAUAUGA